AUGGGCCCAGAUCCUACGAAGAACACCUUCGGGCCCUAUCACAGGUGCACCCUGACAACCCGCCUCUUGUGCCGGGGCCCCAGCCGAAGCACGGGUCCAAGCGACUCUCGAAGGCCCGCCCGCCUCCCGGGCCCACGGGAAGGGAGCCAGAAGCGGCGGGCGGUCGGCCUGAGGGUGACGGUGACGAGCCUCCACCGCCCGUCUCGGGUCGCCUUCGCCCCCCCGGCCCGCCGCCGGCCGCUAGCCUCUCCUGACCCCUGCAAGGAAGGCCCCGGCCGGCCUCAGCUCCAAAGGGCCAUCGCGGACGCCCUCGACUGCCCGGGGCCUCCGAGCCGGCUGCCAUGUCCGCUCCACGAGGCCUACCGGCCUCCCCGGGGCUUCCCUUCUGACCAUGAAGCCCAGGUCCGAACGCCCUCCACAAGCAGGCGGGAGCCACCCAGGACCACCAAGGGGGCACGCGCCGCCCGGGCAAGGAAGGGUCCGGCUCCCACACAAGUCGACCGCCCCGACGGUCGAUGGCGGGGCACGGGGCCGCGCCAAGGGAGGGCCACGCGGGCGUCCCCUAGCUCGGCGGCGGGCGCGGGGCCGGGCUUCGCGCCCGGCUCGCCCAUCAGAGUCCGGGCACGGGCCCCACGGCACCCCAGGGCGGGACCGGUGACAGAGGCUGCUGCGGGGGUACCCUGCCCGGGGGACCGCUCAGCCCUGCGGGACCUCUCAUCCCGCAGAGUCAGCGCGUCUCCGCCCACCUUGCCCACCCGGCUUGUCAAGCAAGAGCAGGCCAGCGAGCCAAGUCCUCCCUGCUCCUCGGUCUCGGUCUCGGUCUCGGGGCCAGGGAGACCCGGUUCCUCGCCCCUGGGCAGGUGCCCGAGCUCCGCGGGGGCCUUCCGGGAACCUGACGUGUGUGAGGAGAAGGGGCGACGGCGCCGGGGCGGGGGUGGUGGUGGUGGGGCGACACCCGAGGACGCUCGGGGACUGCUCGUGGACGCGUGCGGACGGGAAGGCACGACCCAUCCCGGACCUUCUUCCACCCGUGUGUGGGCUACCGGGACAGCCGGGGCCUCCACGGAGGUCGGUCCGCGUGAUCCAGAGCGGGAGCCUCCUCCGGGGCCCUGGACCGGCAGACGCGUGCCUGACUAUUGGUCCACGGGGGCAGACGGAGCUGGGCCCCCCGGCCCAGGGGACGGGGCUCCGCUCCCGGGAGCCUCGCCUCAGAAGCGAGGGGUGCGUGCUUGCUUGCUUGCUCGCCCCCCGCCACCCCUCCACCCUCGCCCCGAGUGGCCCAGUGGCCGGGCCCUUGACAUGAGAGCCGCCAUGUUGGGGCGAGGGACGGCGGACACCGGCUGGGCUGCCGAGUUUUCUGGCCUGGCCUUUUUUUCCUCUGGCAGAGGGCGGAGGCUGAGGCCCUGGGGGAAGGGCCGGCUGGCAUUCGCGGUGCAAUACUGCCAUCAAGCGGAAAGUCCUCGGCGGAUCCGGGAGCCCAGCGCCGAGCUCUCUCUCCCGCGUGGAGGGGCCCCGGGGGUGACGUGGGAGUGCGGGGGGGGGGGAGACGGACGGGGACGGACGGGAUGGAGCGCCACGGAGGUCCGGGGUCCGGGGUCCGGGGGCCUGGGGGCCUGGCCGGUCGGGCCCGGGAAGCCCCAAGCCACGGCUCGGCUCGGGCCCCUCCCUGGUGGCCACCAGGUCUGGGCGGGACUGGAGCGGGGUGACACAGCCACGCGGGCCGGGCCAGGGGGCGCCGGGCCUUUGGCCGCGUGCCCCUUCCCCCGGGAGCUAGAGCAGGAUCCGUGCGGCCUUUGGCCCUUUGGCCGCGUGCCCCCUGCAGCCCCGCCAACGACCCGCACGGGAACCUGGAGGGACCCGCACGGGAACCUGGAGGGCUGCCGCCACUGCUGGUGCGGACGGGGGCGGGGACCCUGCUGUGCCCGUGUCCGGAUCCCGGAUCCCGGGAAGGGGAACGGGUGUGGAGCCGGGCCACCCGGCGUCAAAGGGGGGGCCUUGAGCGUGAGGGGGUCUUGGGAGGCGGAGGGCCAAGUCGAGGCCAAGCCGCCGCCAUCACUCCCCCUCCACCCCGCGCCCCGGGCCAGCCAGGCCUCUCAGCUCGCCCCGUUCCCCUUUCUGGGCCACCUUCUCCAACGUCCCACCACAGCCCUCAGGGCAAGCACAGUCGAGGAACGGCUGGGUGACUCCCGCCCCUGCAUCCCAAAGCCAACGCCUGCUCCCGAGCUGGUCAUCAAGGGACCAGCGUGGAGCGCGUGCCAGAAGCGCCAGGCGCCUCGGGAUGGGACUGCCAACGGCCCCUUCGGUCCCGGUCCCGCCGGGACGCUGGGACUUCACCCCCGGGCCCGUCCUGCCCUGGAAGCCAGCGGGCGGCGGCUCCGGGGAUCGCCAACGCGUUCCGCUUGA